UUGAAACUCUGCUUGGCAUUGACUUGUCAUUUUCGUUAACCGUGCUGCGUUGACUGUUCGUUCCGGGGUUCGGCUUGUUUUUGUGAGAAUCGGGAAGGGAUCAAAUUUCCUUUGACGUCUGGAGUAUCAGUGCUGAGUGCAAGGAUCAUCUGUCGGUGGGAAAUAUAGACCUACCAAAGUCCACAUCAGGUCCAAUUGUCACAGCCCUGGGCCAACUGCGGACUUGAGUGCCAGGCUUUAGUAGUACACACGGGCAGAGGACAGGUCAUCAGGCAGUCUCCCUAUGUCAGGCCGAAACGGGUCUGCGAGUGAUGCAGACUGUCGGAUCUCAGAGGACUGCCGGGUCCCGGAUGUGGAGCUGAUGGAGCUGGGACCCCUGCUGGAGGAGACAGGACGGCAGACAGCGGGGAAAGGCAUGAUGUCAGAAGUGAGAGUGGGGGAGACAGGUUACGUCCCAUAUGGCACCCUAUUCCCUACACAGUGCUCAAAUUUUGAUCAGCGCCCUAGUCAAAAGUAGUGCACUAUAUAGGGUGCCAUUUGGAAUGCCACCUGACUCAACUCCUCGAUUACCACAGGAGUCCUCAGUUCUGCCUGAUGAGGAUGAUGAAGAGGUGGAAGAGGUCCUGACGCUGCCCCUCCAGGCUCACCACGCAAUGGAGAAGAUGGAGGAGUUUGUGCACAAAGUGUGGAAGGGUAGCUGGAGGGUCAUCCCAUUUCAUGUCCUGCCGGAGUGGCUGAAGGACAACGACUACCUCCUGCACGGACACCGUCCCCCCAUGCCCUCCUUCCGCGCAUGCUUUGGAAGCAUCUUCAGGAUCCACACAGAAACAGGCAACAUCUGGACCCACCUUCUGGGGCUGAUCCUGUUUAUUGGUCUGGGCACGUACACCAUUCUGCGGCCAAAUAUGUACUUCAUGGCCCCGCUGCAGGAGAAAGUGGUGUUUGGGAUGUUUUUUCUGGGUGCUGUGCUCUGCCUCAGCUUCUCCUGGCUCUUUCAUACCGUCUACUGCCACUCUGAGAAAGUGUCCCGGACCUUCUCCAAACUUGACUACUCGGGUAUCGCCCUGCUGAUCAUGGGUUCAUUUGUGCCCUGGCUCUACUACUCAUUCUACUGUUCCCCACAGCCACGCCUCAUCUACCUCACCAUUGUCUGUGUGCUGGGCAUUGCCGCCAUCAUAGUGGCCCAAUGGGAACGCUUCUCCACGCCCGCACAUCGGCCCACACGAGCAGGAGUGUUCAUGGGCCUGGGACUGAGUGGCAUCGUCCCCACAGUGCACUUCACUAUCGAGGAGGGCUUCGUCAAGGCCACCACUGUGGGACAGAUGGGCUGGUUCUACCUGAUGGGCGCCAUGUACAUCACUGGCGCCGGACUGUACGCCGCCAGGAUCCCCGAACGCUACUUCCCUGGCAAAUGUGACAUCUGGUUCCACUCCCACCAGAUCUUCCACGUCCUGGUGGUGGCGGCAGCCUUUAUCCACUUCUACGGCGUCUCCAACCUGCAGGAGUUCCGCUACGGCCUGGAGGGAGGGUGCACUGACGACACCCUUCUCUGAGAGGCCCAUCUGUGGCCCCCUCAGCCAUUUCCUGGUCGUUCCCCGUCCCUAUAAAGUGCUGCUGGAACACGCAAUGGUCCUCUGUAGCUCCUUUUCUCCACCCUCCCCCACCCACCCGAUUUGCUCAUGUCAUUUUUUGUUUUCUUGUGGUGUGUUUUUCUGCUUGUGCUACUUUUUCCCCAUAUAAAGUAGCUUUAGCCAUUGAACUAUAUAGAGGGGCAUCCCGGUGAUGCAGCAGCACUUUUUUUUAUUUUUAUCAAAAGGGAGCUCUAGGCUCCACUUUAGCUCAUGAAGAACAACAGGGGAUUUUGACCAGAUUGAUUACAUGUUUCCUUCAAGGAUGGGAACCUCUGAGAGGCGUUGCCCCCCAGAGCUUCCCAAAUCAAGCUGUAGGAGGCUUAUGUGAUAGAAAGGGUCCGGGUUGGGGUCAGUUCGUUCCAUUUUUAUUCUGUCAUUAUAAGGAAUUAAUCGAAAUUAAAUUCAUUUUUUUAAAUGUAAAAUUAAUAAUUUAAAACAGUGGGCAAUUCCAACAAUUGAUUAAUAGUAUUUUGUUGAUUUAAAUUUAGUUGACAUACAAUCAACUCCAAUCGAGGUAUGGGUUAUGGAACUUAAAGUCAAACAAGUGAAUGACUUACCUAAAAGACACUCUGCUUGGUACCCUUACCCCUCAUGUCCCUUUUCAAUUAAACAGGAUCUUGUAUGAUUGAUAGCUGGUAUGAAGCUAACCGGGAAACGCACAAUGGGCAAAUCUGGGAAUAGGUCAACUCUUUCCCUUCUCAGCUUGAGAUUUGUUUAAUUUUAAGGCUAUAUUUCAGAACUCUAAAGGUCAAAUUAUUGCACCUUAACAAUAUGUUAUUACCAUUAAACUUUGUCACUGCAUGGGGUCCACCAUGUAGUGAGUAGGAAAUAGGAAUAAUAUUUUAGUAUUCCUGUGCCUUAGGCCAAUGGAAAUAGUUUUUAAAUAGAUGGGCCAAUAUUGCAGUCAAGUGAACUUCAUUAGGAUCUCCAGAUAUAAUGAUAACAAACUUUUUUGUUUUCUUGUCCUUAUACCCAAUGAAAUCACUAUUAAACUUUUGACCUCCAAUAGUUUUCUCAAACUGCUGUUUAUUUAAGAUUUUUUUUUUUUUAAAGCUGACUUUCUGUGGCUUUAUUACAAAGACUAAACAAUCUGUGUAUUCUUGACUUUGUGUUGUGUCCUGUGUAGACAAGUUGAUGGAUCAUACAUUUCCCUGAAAUGUAAACACAUAAUAAAUAUUUAUUAAUGUUAAAAUGGGAAA